CGGCAGCGGGGUCGGGAACGGCACCGGCACCGGGCGCGCCAGUGGAGCCAAGAGGCUGGAAUUAGGAAGGCAGAGGAUGGAAUGCACAAUGGCUGAUCCACACCUGGUGAGGCAGAAGCAGCAGAGGCUGCAGAGGCAGCUGGCAGCGGUGGCGGCGCGGCAGCAGCUGGCCCUGCGCCGGAACCGGGCGCUGCGCCGCGAGUUCCUGCAGCUGGAGGCUGACAUGGAAACCACGGGCUGGCGCAGCAUCCGCAAGAUGGAAUGGUACGGAAGGGAAAUUAGAAGCCUGUUAUCCCUCCAAGAGGGCAGCUUGUCAGCAGGAGGUGACGAGGAGGAAGGCUCCAGCGAGCAGGUGCUGCAGGCUGGAGGACAGGCAGGAAUUGGCACCAGUACAGCGUUGCCAGGAGAACUGGGCCGUCCAGGAGCAGAACUGGGCCGUCCAGGAGCAGAACUGGGCCGUCCAGGAGCAGAACUGGGCCAUCCAACAGCAGAACUGGGCCGUCCAGCAGCAGCUGCCUCAGCCCCAGGAGGUUUGGGCUCACAGCAGGAGCCCCCUCUGCGCUCCCCGUCCCCAGAGUUGCUCAGUCCCGACACCGGGAGCACUGCUGGAGAGAGUGAGGAGGAGCACGGGGACCUGGCCGCCAGUGAGGAAGGCUCUGAGCAGCUCACCUCAGCUUCCUCAGGUGCCAAAGCAGCCCCCCUGAGGCCAGGCCAGCGGCAGGGAAGCGUUCCAGGGGUAGAGCCCAGCCUGAGCAGCUGGUGGGCUCACAGGGAAGGGAGCAGAGCCAAGCUCCCACUCCCGGCCGCUGCUGAGCAGGAGACCAGGCCGAGCGUCCCCGGCACACGGCAGGAGCAGGGCAGGGAUGCCCGGGCUCCGGAGGGCUCCCUGCUGCCCCCAGCCAGCCCUCCCACGGCCCAGGAGGAGCCCUUGGACAUCUCAGCACCACACAGCCCCGAGCUCCCGCGGCUCUGCCGAGCGCUGCAGCUCCUGGAGCGGCUGGUGGAGAGGACGAGCCCCCGGCACCGGGCGCUGUACCAGGGCCAGCCCUCGGGGACAGCGGAGCCGCCCAGUGCUGGGGCCGGGGGGCCGGCUCAGGAUGACCCGGAGGCGAUGGAGGCCGUGGUGCUGCGGCAGCUCCGGGCCGUGGCUCGGCACACGCGGAGCGGGAGCGUCCCAGCGGAGAGCGGCGGCGCAGGGCAGGAGGAGCACACCAGGGACACGGAGGCGCUGCGGGCUCUCCUGAGCCACCAUGGCUCGUUCCUGAAGCAGCACCACGUUCAGCUCCCGGAGGCGGUGGCGGAGAUGUUUGAGCAGCUGCUGGCAUCGGGAGAGGAGGAGCAGGACGGCCAGGCUGUGCCGGUGCUGAGAGGGGCCCUUCCAGGAGAGCGUGGGGAUGGGUCGCCUGUCCAGAGCGACGAAUCCUCUCUCGGCCUGCCAGCGAUCCCCACCAACGGCGGGGAAGGAAAGCAGGGGGAACUGGCACGGAGAGAACCAGGUGGGGAUCGCGGCCACGACAGGCCCGAAGGAAGCGACAGCCUGGGACAUUGGGACAGCAGCUCCUCGUUGGAUGGAAGCGCUCCUCCCUUCUCCAGGACUGAACUGCGGAAGGAAAGAGUAACUGCCAUAAAAUCCAAAGCGUUCUGGGGCGAAUCUGACGACAGCAGCUCCGAGCUCGAGGCUGCUCUGCGCCCACAGACCCACGGCGCAGAUUCAGACGACUUCGAUGACUUCUAUGACUGAGAUUCUCCCACCGGCUUCUGGGAGGGAAGGAACAAACUGUAUUUUCUUUUACGCAGUGAGUGUGCCGCGGGCCGAAGCGCUGCUCGUCACUUUAUUGGCAAA